AUGUCUCCAAGUCCCGAGCCCACAGCUAGCCAAGGCGCCGACGGCGGCGCGCCCCGCCAUCACGACAAGGAGCCGCCGUCGAUGCACGAUUUCGAGGCCGGCGACAUGCUCACUGACCCGGCAGAAGAAAAUGUACCAACAACGACACGCCGCGAGGUAUGGAGUUGGUACGCCUACUAUAUAGGCGCCAACGGACUCUCCUUGUUCAAUUUUGGUCCGACUGCUUUUCAGAAUCUGCUCUCUCAGGCUGCACCCGAGGACACGGGCCUGCUCCCGUUUGCUGGUCACGAGCGCGAUGUCAACAGCAUCGUCCUCCUCGCCAACGGCAUUUCCUUUGCCAUUCAAGCCAUUCUGUUCCUCAUCAUUGGCGCGUACGCCGACUUUGGUACCGGGCGGCGCUGGGUCCUCCUGGUCUGGUCCGUGAUAGCCUACGGCGUGGGGUUUGGCUGGUUGGGGGUCCACGAUGCAAGCAAGUGGCAAAUUGGCGCAGGCUUGUAUAUUGUGGGAUUAAUUGCCUACCAAAUGACGCUCACGUAUUGGACUGCUGCUUUUCCCUCUCUGGCCAGAAACACACCUCAGCUGAAAGAAGCAGCCUUGGCUUAUCAGGCAGGAGACAUAACACAGGAAGAAAUGGAUCGCAAGGACGAAACAGAACGAAGUCGACUCAGCAACGUGGCCUUUUACAUCCAAUCUCUUGGAGAAAUUGUAAUUCUCGCCAUCAUUGUGGGCAUCAUGUUUGGCGUCAAAGUCGACGCUAGUUCAGCGAACAACAACUGGGGACUGUCGGUCCUCGUCGCCUUUGCCACCGCCUGCUGGCUCGUUCUCUCAAUCCCGUGGUUCUUGAUGGAACAGAAGCGUCCCGGUAUGAAAGUUCCCGAAGGCAAGAAUAUCGUGACGAUGGGGUUCUGGCAAUUGAAAGAGGCGUUUCUGAAAAUGUGGCACCUCAAACAAAGCUUGAUCUACCUGGGGGGUUACUUUCUUCUUGGCGACUCUCUCAACACCACUGUCACGGUCAUUGCGACAUUGCAGAACCAGGUUGUUAGCUACGACACGUUGACACUGACAUACCUUCUUAUUGUUGGGAUAGCGGCUCAAGCUGCCGGCAUCGGCGCCUUCUGGCUGAUACAGAAACGCUUCCACUUGAGCGCCAAGGUCAUGUUCAAUGCGGUCAUGGUCUCCAUCAUUCUUCUGGACGGAUGGGGAAUGAUUGGAAAUUGGACCGACAAAUUUGGCUUCAAGAAUGUUUGGGAGAUUUGGCUCUACCAGGCAUUUUAUGGUCUCUUUGUGUGCCCAUGGUACAGCUACUCACAGAUCAUGAUCAGCUCCGUUACACCCAAGGGCCACGAGUUCUUGUUCUUUUCUGUUUUCAACAUUAUUGGAAAAUCGUCGAGUUUCAUUGGUCCAUUUAUGAGCAGUGCCAUCAUUGACGCUUCACCGGGCGGCAGCAACAACAGCGCCCCUUUUUACUUCUUGUUCGCACUCACUUUGGUCAGUACCAUUUUCAUCUGGGCAUUUUUGGACCUGGAAAAGAGUGCGCGGGAACAGGAGGAUUAUCUCGUCAAGGAGAAGGCUCGCUUGGGGGAGCUUGCCCACUAG